AUGGCAUCACUAAUUAGCCCUCAAUUAAGUAAUAAUUCAUUAAAUGUUUCAAUUGAUCCAAAAGUUAAUAGCAAUAAUCAGAAUAAUAAUAAUAAUAAUAAUACCCCCUUACUUUCCCCAGUAAUGAAAUUAAGAGGAUUAAAAGUUGCAGUUUUUGGAUUAGAAAGGGAAAAUAGUGAAUUAAGGCAAAAAAUUGAUUCUCAAGAAAAAGAAAUUUCAAAUUAUCAAAAAUUAAUUGUAGAAUAUGAAUCUGAAAAUGAACAACAUGAAAGAAGACAUGCACAAUUAGAGGAAGAAAUUUUGGAAUUAAGGAAACAAUUAAAACAAUUAAAUCCAAAUUAUUUAAAUACAAGUGGUAGUUGUAUUCAAACAGCAAAUAUUAAUAAUAAUAAUAAUAAUAAUAAUAAUAAUAAUAAUAAUAAUAAUAAUAAUAACAAUAGCAAUAAUAAUAAUAAUAAUAAUAAUAAUAAUAAUAAUAAUAAUAAUAAUAAUAAUAAUAAUACCAAUAAUAAUAAUAAUAAUAAUAUUAAUAAUAAUAUAGAUAAAGAUUUUACACAAUUAAAAAUUAAUGAUAAAGAAAGAUUUUAUUCUGAAGAUAUACCACUAUAUUUAUAUACUGGUAGAAGUUUCCCAAAUUCACCAUCAAAUGGUUUAAAUAAUUCAUCAUCAUUUAAUUCAAAUCAUAAUAAUAAUUGUACAACAACUACGACUACAACCACAACAACAUCAUCUUCCUUUCAAAAUAAUAAUAAUACUAAUAAUAAUAAUAAUAAUAAUAUAAAUUUAUCACAUUCAAUGAAUAGUAAUAGUGGCGGUGGAGGUAGUAAUAGUUUAUCAAAUUCAACAAAUAAUUUUGAAAAUGAUCAUUAUACAUAUGCUUCUUCUUCAACUUCACCAAAUCAAACAAAUACUCCAAAUAUUAAUAAUAAUAAUAAUAAUAGCAACAAUAAUAGUAAUAACAACACCUUAUCAGCAAGUAAUAAUAAUAAUAAUAGAUCACCAUUUCAAAAAGGUAAAGGAGGAAAUGCUCCAAAUUCACCAACAAUUGUAUCAUGUGUGUCUGAUGGUGUUAAUUCCGGUGUAAAUAUUUCAAUGAGUCCAAGUCCAGUAAUUCCACAACCAAGAAAAAAAUCAAUAAUUAUAUUAAUAUUUAAUAAUUAUUUUGAGUUCAUAAAAAAAAAACAAAAAAAAAAAAAAGGACAUGUAGAUAUAAAAAUAUCUUUUUUUAUAAACAAAAAAAAAAAAAAAAAAUUAAUGAUGAUGCCAUUUUUGGGGAAUUCAAAAACCUCACAAUAA